AUGUUUGCAUCAUAUUAUUUGGUAGUGAUUGCUUUACCGUUAUAUAUCACGCAAACAACGGUAUCAAAUGAUUGGAGUCUGCCAAUACGGGCAGGAAUAGGAAAUGGCAAGGAAAUAACAACUGUGGCUAAUGACAGUAAGGAAAAAGAUAAAUGGUUCAAAUGUGAGAUAUGCGAUAAGCAAUUCGGACGUGCAGACAUUCUAAAACGACAUAUGAGGAUACAUACCGGUGAGAAAAGCUAUAUGUAA